AUGGCAAACAGAGCAGGACCUAAUGGGUCACCUUGCUCACUGCAAGGAGGUGUUGUCACAGAACUGCAUCGUCACGACUUUGCCAAUCUACCGAUGCUAAGCAAAUUAGAGCUUAAUUGGAAUGACAUUUCCGUUAUUCGACCCGAGAUGUUUGAAGGUCUGGACAGUAUAUACAGAUUAAUUUUACGUGGCAAUAAAAUUAAGGAAUUAAAGGCCGACUUUCUGAAAUUGCCUACUUUGGCAUCUCUUUAUCUCGAUUACAACCAAAUUCGAUCUAUUGACAGAAAUGCAUUUCGGUUGUUGAAAAACUUGCACCGUUUGAAUCUUGGCAGCAAUCCAAUGCUUUCAAAAAUUGGACCUGGGGCAUUUUAUAAAUUGCCUCUAACGACUUUUACCAUGUACAACGCGAAUUUGACAUUACUUACUAAGAAAAUGUUGCCUGACUCACCUUACCUCAAAGAAAUAAUGUUGUUUAACAACAAAAUUCAGCGUAUAAAAAAUGGAGCGUUUGACGCACUCGGUAGUUUAAUAAACGUUUACUUACAACAGAAUCCCAUUAGGCACUUCUCUCAGAAAAAUUUUAAAGGAUUAAAUUCAACAAAUCUCAGACUGUAA